AUGGUCACAAAGAAUGUCGAACCAACGCGAGGACGCGAGGGGCGCAAGCCAUUUAUGAUCAACUCAGUUUUGCUAAGCCUGAUUGAUCCCGUUCGUGGCGAACCGACCAAAAGCCUUCUUGAUGGUAACCCGGAUGAUGACGUUUCGAGAAGUCAUCAGCUAAAGGAGAAAUUCCUCGACUCUUUCGCGCUCAUCUGCUCGACAUCAAGCUCCGGCUCGGUGACUGCCUCGGCCGUUUGCAUGGAGCAAAACCAAUCGUUUGAAAACACUCUACGCGUGGCUCGCAAUCACAGCUUCUCGCCGCAGAAUAUCGACAGCCUCAGAAAGAUCCUGCAAAUCCUUACUGCUGUUGCCAAUCGAGAUAAGCUACCAGGGCAGGCUGAGUCUGAAGCCCUUAGAGAGAUUGCUGAUUUAGACCAAGACCGUAUUCGUUCAUUUGUCACCAAGCUAGAGAAGAGCGGAAUCCAAACUAUUUUCAAGCAGGCAAUUUCCAAUCUGUUUGGUAGCGAGCGCAAUGAAGAAAUACUGGAGUAUCCGCGAUUCAGGCAAUGGAUCAAGACUUGUCCUUUCAUGAGCGCGUCUCUGAGCUCUUCUGAGACGGCUCGAUUGGUCUCUUAUAUCAUGUGGGCUUCACAAGCUAGAUGGACCUAUCCUAAGCAUUUGAAGGCCUUACUUGCAUUUGGAUCAGAGCCUCUUCCGCCGUGGAUGGAAACUCUUCACAAACUUGCUCGGUAUUGGGCGGCAGUCAAGUCCAUGGUGAAACUUGCAGUAAAGCAACCUAGGGUUUUCGCGAAUAUCCAGAUUCAAGAGAUCAAAGCCCCUGAACAGGAAUCCUUCAGGCUUUCUCCAAAGGAAAUGCAUCUUCGGGAAGCUCUCCAGCGCCUGGUCAAGAACGAUUGUCGUACGACGAUGGACAAGCUGGCUCAGCGCUGGAAGACAAAUGAUGUGGAGGGCAAAUUGCGUGACAAAUGCAAGGUGAAUCUCACGCUUCAUGCUGAAAUGCAGCUUGUCGGUUUCUACGAACGCAACCCAGAUUUGGUACCCCAGCUACGCUUGAUGGGCACCAGUAAGAAGGCAUGCUUUCUUUGUCACGAAUUUCUACUGCGGCAUCCGCUCGGUAUACGGGUCUCAGCUUGUCACCAGAAGGUUUAUCCCACAUGGAUGCCACCACCUAGUCAUAACGUUCCUGGAACACCUAGAAACAAGCUUUUCUGGGAUUUCAGUAAGCACAUCGAGCGCGUGACUGUCAAGGCACUGAAAACGGAACUGUCAGCCCGCCAGCGGCCGAAGACCAGGGACUCAACAGCGGGCGGAUCUCUAACGGAGACAGCUACUAUCCCCACGGAGUUUUUGGUACGACAGCACCUACUGUUUGAUCGCGAUGGCAUUUAG